UUCAAAAAGAGAAGCCAUCUGAGGGCUCUCGCUUCCCCCUUAUUACCUUUCUCCCCCACGCUUCGCACCCCACUCUUCUUCUCUGUCACUUUCUCUCCUUCCAAUUCUCUUCCUCACUCCUUUUUGCUACCUUCUUUUCCUCCCCAUAAUUCCUCCCCUCCUCUUCUUCCAAUCCUCUCUGCUUUCUUGUUCCUCACAAACCCCAAGUUUUUCCUCCACUGGAUCCAAUGGAAAACCACCCAAAACUUCAAGAGACCAUCAGCAGCAGUAGCAGCAACUACGGCUGCACCAAUGGAACAACACCACCAACGGCAGCUCAGCCAUCAUCGUCUCCGCGGGCGCCGCCAUCCCUGACUCCCAAAUCCAUUCCCAAAACUUGCGAGCCGAAUCCGUACCCGACGACAUUCGUCCAGGCGGACACCUCCUCCUUCAAGCAAGUGGUCCAAAUGCUCACGGGCUCCGCGGAGACCGCGGCCGCUGCCGCGGCAGCCGCCACCAACUCCUCGGCCCCGAAAGGGCUUGUGGCUCCGGCCGCCAAAGCUACCGGUCCCAAAAGGCCUGCUUUCAAGCUCUACGAGCGGCGGAACAGCCUCAGGAACCUCAAGAUCCUGAGCCCCCUCAUCCCCACAUUCCUGAGCUCCAACUCCGGUUCCCCUGUCGGCGCCGCCGGGUUCUCCCCUCGUAAGCAGCCGGAGAUCCUGUCGCCCAGCAUGCUGGACUUCCCCUCGCUGGUGCUUAGUCCGGUGACGCCUUUGAUCCCCGAUCCCUUCAACCGGCCGCAGCACCCGAAUUCGGAGUCGGCUAAGCGGGCGGAGGACCGGGCGAUCGCCGAGAAGGGAUUCUACCUGCAUCCAUCGCCACGGGCCCCGGCUGACGCGGAGCCGCCGCGGCUGCUGCCGUUGUUCCCGGUGACUUCUCCCAAUGUCUCUUCCGACUUGUCUCUUGCUACACCUCAACCUUCUACCUGAGAAGUUCUAACUCCAGGAUCGAGUCCAGUUCCCCUUCUUCCUUUAGCUUCGGUUGUAUGGUCUGGUCUUUCCUCUCUAUGAUGCAAAUUAACCAGCAUGAGACAGAAAGAUCUACAAACUUGGAGUUUUCUUCCUUCUCUUCUGCUGAUGUGAUUGAGAGACUGACUGACAAAUUCAUGGGUGAAAAGCUUCUCUUUUGUUGAUGCCAA